CCAACACUUCAUUCAUGCAGUUGAUUUCUCUGGAGGCCUGCCUUGUGCUGUCAUUGCUGGGGACACGGUGACUGUGACGACUGAGGUAGCCCUGAGGGAGCUCCCAGUCCAGUGGGUCCCAGUGCUUUGAUCUAAGGGAUGGACCUGGGCUGAGUUCAAGGAAUUCUAGGGCGUGAAAAGGGCAUGUGGAGAGGGGGCCUGCACGAGGUCGGCAGCUGCCCAAGGUCACUGUGUCCGUACCCCGCCUCCAGCACCCGUUCAUGCUGUUGCUGGUGAGAAGCAGGUGUCGUACCCGGGGCACCCCCUCCGCAGGCGCUCCCGUAUGAAGAGUGCAGGCUUCUGUGCUCGUUGGUGGAAGUCCCUCCUCCGAUCCCACCACAGUCCCUCAUGCUGCAGAUCUUCCUUUAACUGCAUUUCCCUCUGCAGCCUCUGAAGACUUAGGAUGUCCCAGCGGAAGAGCUGCCCUGGAGGACGCAGGGUCGGGGCCGGGCUCCUCCACUGCCCCCCAUCCGGGGGCCUUCGCUCCGGGCCGGGCUGCAAAUGGACCCUGGUAAGGAGGACGAGGAGGCACUGCAGCCUGCAGGGCCGCCCGCAAGGAAGAAAUUUGUCAUACCGCUGGAUGAAGACGAGGUCCCUCCAGAACGGGCCAAGCCCUUGUUCAAAUCCACACGGAGCCUUCCCACAGAGGAGACCUCGGCCCAGGCCGCCCCUCAGACCUACGCCGAGUAUGCCAUCUCACGGCCUCUUGGAGGGGCUGGAGCCACAGGCUCCACGGGGUCAGAACCCCUGGCAGGAGAGACCCCUAACCAGGCCCCCAAACCAGGAGCGAAGUCCAACACCAUCAUCGUGAGCCCGCGGCAGAGGGGCAACCCCGUGCUGAAGUUUGUGCGCAAUGUGCCCUGGGAAUUUGGCGAUGUGAUCCCCGACUACGUGCUGGGCCAGAGCACCUGCGCCCUCUUCCUCAGCCUCCGCUACCACAACCUCCACCCCGACUACAUCCACGAGCGGCUGCAGAACCUGGGGAAGAACUUCGCCCUGCGGGUCCUGCUCGUCCAGGUGGACGUGAAAGACCCUCAGCAGGCCCUCAAGGAGCUGGCUAAGAUGUGCAUCCUGGCCGACUGCACGCUGGUCCUCGCCUGGAGCCCCGAGGAAGCCGGGCGGUACCUGGAGACCUACAAGGCCUAUGAGCAGAAGCCGGCAGACCUCCUGAUGGAGAAGCUGGAGCAAGACUUCCUUUCCCGGGUGACCGAAUGUCUGACCACAGUGAAGUCAGUCAACAAAACGGACAGUCAAACCCUCCUGGCCACUUUCGGAUCUCUAGAACAACUCAUAGCUGCAUCGCGGGAAGAUCUGGCCUUGUGCCCGGGCCUGGGCCCCCAGAAGGCCCGGAGGCUGUUCGAUGUCCUGCACGAGCCCUUCUUGAAAGUGCCCCGAUGACUCCAGCUGCCAAGGAGACCCCAGUAUGAAAAUAAACGCUUUCCCGGUCUGGC